AUGGAAGUUGACAUAAAUGGAGAGUCCAGAACUACCCUAUCUACCCUCCCUGUGCCUCUUGCAGAGGUGAGUCCUGCAGGCAGGAUGGAAGCAGAGAAGCCCCGCUGUUCCAGUACCCCCUGCUCACCAAUGCGACGGACGGUUGCGGGAUAUCAGAUCCUUCACAUGGAUUCUAACUACCUGGUUGGCUUCACAACUGGAGAGGAGCUGCUAAAAUUAGCCCAGAAGUGUACAGGAAGUGAAGAGAAUAAAGGGGAAUCUGGGCCAACCUUGCACUCCAAACAGCUUGAUUCAGGACUUACACGUUCCUCCCGUUUGUACAAAACUAGAAGUAGGUACUAUCAGCCAUAUGAGAUCCCAGCAGUAAAUGGAAGGAGGAGGAGACGGAUGCCCAGCUCAGGGGAUAAAUGCACUAAGGCUUUACCAUAUGAACCUUACAAGGCACUUCAUGGUCCCCUGCCUCUUUGCCUUUUAAAAGGUAAAAGGGCUCAUUCAAAGUCUCUGGACUACCUCAAUUUAGACAAAAUGAGCAUUAAGGAACCUGCUGACACAGAAGUGCUACAAUACCAGCUCCAACACCUUACCCUUAGAGGGGACCGCAUGUUUGCAAGAAAUAAUACAUGA